AUGACUCCUUCUGGACCUAUUUGUGCUUCAUGUAAACAAUUGGGUCACAGCAGGGGAUCAAAUUUUUCUUGCCCUUUGAAUCCAAGACACAAAACUCUCUUGAUCCCCCAAAAGAGAACCAGUGAUAAUCUCUCUGCCCAAGAAGAAUAUCAAGCAGAGACUGGUGCUUUGAGACCAAGGGUUGAAGCUGUCCAGAGUUGCGUGGUGCUCACCAUAGCAGAAAUCAUUGCUCUCUCCUGUGCUGCCCAAUAUCCUGCAGAGAAUCUAACUGCCGCUUUUGAGGCUUUUCAAGUUUCUGAUGUUGAGAGAGUCUUGGAUUUGACUACCACCACUGCCACUGCCAUUGCCACUGUUAUUCCCCGCUGUUCCAGCUGUAAUGGAAUUGGUCACCAACGGAUUAACUACCACUCACAACAUGGCCCGGCGUACUACCCCCUCUGCAAUGGUACCCGCCUUAUAUGCAAUGACUUUGGCAGAUAUGUCAUCAAGGCUACCAUUGUAACUGGAUCAAGUGCUGGAAAGGUGGUACUUAUCCCCAGAAUCAAGCUGAACCCAAAUGGAUCGACCAUGUCCAUUGAGUUCAAGCGAUGUCAAUUUCCAGUCCACCUUGCCUUUGCCAUGACUAUCAACAAGUUCCAAGGCCAGAUUCUUGACAAAGUUGGUUUGUACCUUCCCCACCAUGUCUUUGGUCGUGGGCAGUUGUAUGUCACUCUCUCUCAGGUCCGAACUCCAAACUCAGUAAAAAUCAUGGUUGAUAUGGGCAGUAUUUCUACCGAAGCAACCAGCAAUGUCUAUAAACAAUGUUGUUUAUAA